AUGAGUUCCAAGAACCUCAUCCAUUUCGGCCCAUUCGAGGUCACUGACCAGGUCUUCUACAACACCCCUCUGUGCUAUGCUCUUGUGAACAUCAAGCCCAUCCUGCCGGGUCACGUGCUAGUUAUUCCUCAUCGACCAGCCAAGCGAUUGACAGAUCUUAAGCCUGAUGAGGUCACAGAUCUUUUCACAACUGUGCAGAAAGUACAGAGAAUGCUAGCUAGGGAAUAUUUUGGGGGUGGGAGCACAGUCGGAAAAGUGGAAGAUGGCAGCUUCAACAUCACGGUUCAGGACGGGAAAUGGGCAGGACAAACCGUUGCACACCUUCACUGCCACAUAAUCCCCAGGACUAAGGACUCAACAGAGGGCGAUGAGAUAUAUGAUAGGCUGCAGACUGAGGAGGGAAAUGUUGGUGGCGGUUUGUGGGAUCGAAGUCGGCCGGUCCAAGAAGGGAUAUUCCCUAGAAUUGAGGAUGAGCAUAGGAAACCAAGAUCUCCAGAGGAGAUGAGGAAGGAGGCUGAUUUCUUUAGAGAGCAAAUGGCUUUAGUGGAUAAGGAGGUAUAG